GCUGCUACGACGCCCGCAUCCGAGUGCUGAUCACCCACGUCACCUGCUGCCUCGCCGUCAGCGUCGACCUGCUGGAGAUGUACGAGGAAUCGGUGUUGGAGUACCUCACCAUGGAGCAGAACCCCGUGACGGAGGAGGAGGAGCGGGAGAUGUCGAAGCGCAAGCGAUACCAGAAGAUCAAGCGGUACACGGCGGUAGGCCUAGCUACCUUGGGCGGGGGGGCCAUCCUGGGCCUCACGGGGGGGUUGGCGGCCCCCCUCAUCGGCGCCGGCCUCGGACCAUCAUCGGGAGGGGCGGCGGCGCUGUCCUCAACGGCGGGCGUGGCGGUGGUCGGGUCCAUGUUCGGGGUCGCCGGCGCGGGACUCACGGGCUUCAAGAUGCAAAAACGGAUCGGCGAGGUUGAGGAAUUCGCCUUCGACUACCUCACCGACGGCAGCCAUUUGCACAUCACCAUCGCCAUUUCCGGGUGGCUGACCAAGGAGGGCAUCGCGGAGUUCAGUCUGCCGUGGAGGACGCUCUACAACUCGAGGGAGCAGUACACACUUCGCUAUGAGUCCCAGUACCUCCUGGAGCUGGGCCAGGCCAUGGACUACCUCCUCCAGUUUGCUCUAUCCAUGGCAGUUCAGGAGACUCUCAAGUACACUAUCCUUGCUGGUAUCAUUUCAGCAAUCACAUGGCCUGCGUCCCUCCUCACUCUUGCCUCAGUGAUCGACAACCCUUGGGGAGUCUGCUGUCGGAGAUCAGCAGAAGUGGGGCGUCAGUUGGCAGAGGUCCUUGUCCAGAGACAGCAUGGCAAACGCCCUGUGACCCUAAUAGGUUUCUCUCUUGGGGCGAGGGUGAUAUAUUAUUGUCUUGUGGAAUUAAGUCGGCGGAAAGGGAGUGCAGGAAUCAUACAAGAUGCCAUAUUCCUGGGAGCUCCAGUGCCGGGCUACAGCUCUGAUUGGAAAGAAUUUCGUAAUAUUGUAUCUGGACGAAUCAUCAACGGGUACUGCCAAGGAGACUGGCUGUUGAGGUUUCUGUAUCGUUCUUCGACUGGCACCAUGAAGAUCGCUGGCCUGAUGCCCAUUGACUGGCAGGAUCGCAGAAUGUUCAAUUUCGAUCUUUCUGAUAUUGUUACUGGGCAUAUGGAUUACGCCAAGAAGAUGGAUGUGAUUCUCCGGCUGUUGGGAAUCCGCACACGUGACCCCAUGACUGACAACGAUCCCAGAGUCAAGAAGAGUGCAUCAGAUUAUCCAGGGUUUAUGUCUUUGCAUGGAAAAAUGGAGUCCACAGGUCUUCGUACUUCAAGCUCUGACAGCAGGCUACUCUGUGGCCGAGAUGCUCCCCUUGCAAGGGCCUACUCCUCAGAUGACCUCCUCCUCCCCAGGACUGCCUCCUCUCAACUCAGCAAGUCAAGUGCUGAGGACCUCUCUACCCUCAGGACAUUCUCCUCCACAGACCUCAGCAGUAAAGACUUUUCCUCAAGCGGGGACAUUGGCUCACCGAAGCCUUUUGUCCGGGAAUUGCCCAGGGGUAGGACUCUCUCAUCAAGCAACCUCUUGGUUGGCAACAGGCUCUCCUCUUCCUCCUCCUCCUCAAGCGAUCAGGUUCCUGGGGAUGACAAAAUGCAGCCGAGGUCUAAAAGCUCUUACUUCACGGACAUGUUCUCAAGAAAACCACCCUCUGCAAGCUCCAAAGAACAAAAACAGACUCUUGCUCAGGAUAUGUUUAAGCGAAGGACUGUCUCAUCUGGCAACCUAUUCCCAGUUAAAGGCGGUCUGUCUAAUCGAGAAUUCCAACGAUCGAAUUCUCAGGAACAGUCCAAACAAUCACUGUUUCAGCUAUUUUCAAAAAAACAGGAACGAAUUGAUGAAGAUAGCCCAUGAUUCAGUAUAUAUGUACAUACCAUGUAUUCAUACAUUCAUAACUUUACAUUUAUUCCCAUUACAGUUUUUCUUUCAUACUUUGUCAUGAUUUGAGUUUUAUUAUUUACAAAAGUUUAAUGUCCCUUUUCUUCAUCAAAUAUUGGAGUACGUAUUUUAGACAGUAAAAAGAAUACUAGUUGCAUAAUAUUUUCUCAUCUUACAUGAAUAGUUUUGUUACAUGAUAUAUCCACUUGAAGAAUCAAAUGGACCAUUUUAUUACUCUCAAACUGUAUUACUUGAAAUUAUUUUUUUAUUAUGAGAUGAUAGGUAUGUCAUUAAGACAUUGUUAACGGUGGAAACGUUGUGACAUCGUCAGUGAUUUUCUUAAUCCUUGAUGGUUUUUGUUAGCUUAGAUGUAUUAUUACUCUUACUUUUUUAUGUGUUUCUUUUUGAGUUAUUUUUGUGGUUUUGCUUUUAUUAAAGAAUUAUUGUUUCAGUUAUUUUUGUCAUAGUGUGUAUGUGAUUUUAGAUUAUUAUAUAUAAUGAUUAUUUUGAAUGUACUUUUUUUCUUUUGUAAAAUGUUUACUUAUACAAAUUUUGCAUAUCUCUACAGCCUGUUGCAAAAAUAGAAAUGAUACACUAUUUAAAUUCUGAAUGGUCAGUGAAAACAGGAAAUUAGAGAUUAAAAGAAAAAAUAAGAGGAGAGAAAGAAAGAAAGAAGUUGAAUUAAACUGAUCAACUAUUAUCGAUAAGAUAGUAGUUGUGAUCAUGGUAUAGUCUGAUCUAGUAUAAGCCUCUUGAUGGUCACAACAGGAUGAAUUGCCCAUGGGUGUCUCACGUAUUAGAGAAGGGACAUUUCCAGAGAAACACUUGAAAUGAGUGUAUGGGACUGUCUGCCAUGAAGCUUGAUACACACCAGCCAUCUAGAGGGUUGAUAAUAUAGUUAUGAUUGUUAUAGGUUCAUAUCCCAUGACCCAAUACAAUAGUUUCAACUACUCACACUUUUUAUGAUCAACAAUGACCGAAUCACAGUAGGAAAAAGGGCUUUAUUAUCGCAGGACACAGGAUAAGAUGCAUGUUCCUACUGAAGGGCAAACCAUGCAUAAUUUUCAAGCUGUGGAAGGUGAUUAUGCAUAAUGUUUGAAGGGAAUGGCAAAACUGCCAAAUCAUGUUUUGUAUGAAUAUCUAUUCUCAUACUGUACUAGAAUUUACAUAAUAGUUCUCUGGUUGUAACCUGUUUAUUAUUUUUUUAGGGAAACAAAGAGCCCAUGUUAAUAUGAAAAAAGAUGGCUUGUACAUACAAAAUAACAUCAAUUUAUUUAUUUACCUAGUGAACAAUCAUACAUAUAUAUGAAAAAAUAAAUAUCAAAAAAGAAAAAGGAAAAAAAAAUGGAUAUAAUGAAUAUACUGCUAUAUUUUUAGGUGCUUCACCUGCUGUUUUACAAUGAGAACUCACAGAGUAUUGAGCAUUUCCUAUAUUAUAUCAACAGGAUAUGUUUGGUAUAUGAAUUCCAUAUAUAACAGCCUUUCAGAACCCCCACAAAUGAUAUAGAUGCUUAACUAGCUGCUGUAGUUCCUAUGCAUUAUAUAUAUACAUACAUAUAAAAUAAUAAACGUCCACUAGACACUAAUGUCGAGGCCUAUGCUCACAGCACAUUUAAGAUUUGUUGAUUAAUUCCCUCCUUUAUUUUAUCCCUUUUUCUUUCAUUAUCGUCCACAAUGCUGCUGUCAGGGAACUUGUGAUAUGUAGCAGUUGUAAAGGCGCUACAACUCCGUGCCAAUGGAUGUUUUUCCUUAGUGUCAUUUAAUGUUGGAAGGUUAAGAGAAGAGUUGUUGUUUUUGUUCUCUCUCUAUUGAAAUGUGAUACGGGAAGAGUAUAGCAAGUUAAUGUGUGCUGUUAUGAGUUGCUGUUGUGUCUCUUUUGUAAAGUUGUUUUACACUGUAAUGUGCGGUUUGUUCAUUAACUGAUGUGAAUGGAGGUUACAGUCUAUGUUUCUUGUAAGUAGCUACUUAGAGGGUGUUGAUUAUUUAUGGAAAAUGAUUAAAGUUGAUUUGUCUUUUUCAUAAGGAUGACACUGAAUUGUGAUCUUAAGCACAAUAAACCCUUAUCAUUAUGCAGGUGUAUCAGCUUUUAUGCUUAACUAAAGAUGCAAUGUUAUGUUCAUCUGCUACUUAAUUUAUAAUGCAAAAGAUGUACACAUAUGCAACUGUUUGCUUAUAUUAUUACAUCCAUAAAGUGAUUAUUUUUAUGGCUUUGUAAUGCACUAGUUAGUAAGAACAAUACAAUAUGAUUUAGAUUCAUUUAAUUGUCUUUUGAUAUAAGUUCUGCACCAGGUUUUAUAGUCUGUGGGCCACCAUGUUUGUAUUUGGCAAAACUACUUUUCAUAAUAUAAGGAAAGUGUAAAAGCACACAACUAUCAGGUUUCCAGUCAGACUCCAAAUGUAAAAUACAAACUGAUGAUGGCUUGCAGUAAAACCGUCACGAAGAGCAGGUUGACAUGCUGUCUUGUGAAGAAUGGGACUGCUAAAGAAGUUGUCCUGUAGUAUAAGCCGUACAUGUCAUUAUUCUGCUCUGUACCUAUUAGGAAGGAAAGCAUGUGUGAAAAGCAUACUACUGUAUGCAUAGUGUAGCAUUUACAGUUCAUAGGAGUAGAAAGCUUUAGUGUGUGCAUUUGUUAUCAGUUCAGGAUACAGUACCUUGCAGGCGUGUAAGUAUAUGUUUGUGUGUGACAAUUACUUGUGGUCUUAUUACUUUGCAAAUAUUCAUUAUUUAUAUUGGGGAGCUUCCCUGAAUCCCAUGGUGUAAAACUGCUUAAAAUUGUUAAUACUUUUAAAAGUUCACAGAUUGUUUUCAUGUUAUAUAUUUUAGGCUUCCACUCAAAUGAAAAUAUGUACAUAGGAGUAAAUGUUACGAAAAAUACUGUUAUAUAUGAAAAUAAAAAGAAAAUGUUUUAUGAAACUUAUUAUAUAGAUAAAAGUUUGUAUUCAGAUUAUUUGCUUUAUAUAUAAAAUCUAUUUUGCCUAUGGAUAUAGAUCUAGCAACUUUUACAUUUAAGGGUCACCAUAGAUACCCUACAAGUCCAUGUAUACAUAACUCCCGCAACAUUGUAUAAUGUAAGAUAUAGCAUACAGCAGUAAUUAGUGUCGAACCACAUAUCACUGUAUAUUGAGCACUUCAUAUCAAAACCUCAGACUCUCAGCUACCUGUACCUUAAGAAACAUGAAAGUCGCUGUAGGAAGAGCAGGAGUGUCUUUUGAGUUGACCUUACCGAAGUGGCUUGACAACUGGUAACAAAAAAGAUGAUAAAGGGAAUAUCUCUCUAUAUAUAUUAUCUUAGUGUAUACUGAAGAUUUGCAGAAUUAAUAACAAAGGAGCACAGGUAUUGAGGGUUACUGUGUAGCAUAUUAGAUCUAAUAGAAAAAGCCUUGUUCUUCACGAUGUUUCUUGGUGUGAUGUUAUUGGGCUGCACCGAGUGUUGUAUAUGUGUCAUGCACAUACUGUAGAUAAGAUCUGCACUAUUAUCAUGUUAAUGUACAAAAAACAGAAAAAAGUUGCUUAAAGUUGCUUCUUGUGAAUAUUUAGUUUUCUAUUUAAUGACAUCACCAGAAAUUCUUUUAUUUUUCAUAAUCAUUUCACUAAAGAAAUCAUGCAUUCAGUAAGUGGUAUAGAAAAUGACAUUUAUUUUUUUCUCUCUCUCUGCUUGUGUUUGCUUUAGUAUUACCAAGUUGGAGCAUGCCAUAAUAAGAACUGAAACUAAAGUAGUUGAUUUUUUCAAUAGAAGCCAUAGUUUUACCUUUUCCAUUCUACACUAGUUUGAGGUUUGGUUAGCAGGGCCAAGAAAAUACUAAGGAUCUUUUCAAAUCAACAUUCAUAUCACUUAGAGCCUUAAACUUGUCUUGAAAUGCUUUUUCUUAAGAGAAACUGUAAUUACAAACUGUAUUUUACUAUUUGCUUCUUUUUAAGGGACUUCCAUAUCAUACUAUAUUUUAAACUUUCACAGUUUUUUAAAUACUUGACUUUUUUAUUCUCAGUGCAACUGUUAGAAGAGUCAUUACUGGGUAUGUUUUAUUCUCUCAGAUAUGAAAUAUUUGCCAGAGAAGUAUUUUGCUUUAUACACACAAUAUCCAUUUUGUUUCUCAGUUAGUGUAACACAAAAGAGAUUUUUCAUUUUAGAGCCGAUUGACUCUGCAUCACCCAUUUAAAUUACCAGUAAAGUUGUGAUAACCAGCAUUUUGAGAUAAUGAAAUUUAUCACAAAAAGAAUGUGCAACUGAUUUUUUCCCGAAGAUUGUGGGUGUAUAUUUUUUCAUAUAUUCCCAAUUACCUUUUGAUGAAAAAAUAAACAGUUAUGGUCAGCACAUUGAUAAAAAAAAACAGAAGAGAGAUUUUUAUAGGAAAUUCAUAUAAUUAGGCUGGAAAUGCUAUAUAUUUUAUUAUUGGCAGUUUUGCUACAUUGUACUCUUUUUAUUUAAUUUUUGAGUUCAAUAAAAUAUACCUAAAAA